GUGGAGAGGCUGGGCCGCUCCUUCAAGCGCCAGGUGCGGCGGCUGCGGGAGCGCAGCGGGCGGCUGGAGCUGGUCUUCCUGGUGGACGAGUCCUCGAGCGUGGGGCCCGCCAACUUCCUCAGCGAGCUGCGCUUCGUCAAGAAGCUGCUCUCCGACUUCCCCGUGGUGCCGGCCGCCACGCGCGUGGCCAUCGUCACCUUCUCCUCCAAGAGCAACGUGGUGCCGCGCGUGGACUACAUCUCCCAGCGCCGGGCGCGCCAGCACAAGUGCGCGCUGCUCAGCCGCGAGAUCCCGGCCAUCGCCUACCGCGGCGGCGGCACCUACACCAAGGGCGCCUUCCAGCAGGCGGCGCAAAUACUGCAACACUCCCGUGAAAAUGCUACAAAGGUGAUAUUUCUCAUUACUGAUGGAUAUUCCAAUGGAGGUGAUCCUAGACCCAUCGCAGCAUCCCUGCGUGUAGAAUUUGGAGUAGAGAUCUUCACAUUUGGAAUAUGGCAGGGCAACAUCCGAGAACUGAAUGACAUGGCUUCCCAUCCAAAGGAGGAACACUGUUACCUGCUUCACAGCUUUGCAGAGUUUGAGGCUUUAGCUCGCAGAGCUCUUCAUGAAGAUCUGCCCUCUGGCAGUUACAUUCAAGAAGAUAUAUCCCACUGUUCAUAUCUCUGUGAGGCAAAUGAGAACUGCUGUGACAUCAUGGCAAGCUGCAAAUGUGGCACUCACACAGGGCAGUUUGAAUGUAUCUGUGAAAAAGGGUACUACGGUAAAGGACUACAGCAUGAAUGCACAGCUUGCCCAUCAGGAACAUAUAAACCUGAAGGUUCACCUGGUGGAAUCAGCACUUGCAUCUCUUGUCCUGAUGACAACCACACCUCUCCCCCUGGAAGUACCUCCAUCAAGGACUGUGUUUGCAAGGAUGGGUAUCGUACUGCAGGACAUGCCUGUGAACUUGUCCACUGCCCUGAGCUGCAGCCCCCUGAAAAUGGUUACUUUAUCCAGAACGUCUGCAACAACUACUUCAACGCUGCCUGCGGAAUCCGAUGUAAAGCAGGAUUUGACCUAGUGGGAAGCAGCAUCCGGCUGUGUCAGCCAAAUGGCCUCUGGUCUGGUUCAGAGACCACGUGCAGAGUUCGAACGUGUCCAAAACUUCACAUACCUGAAAAUGGACGAAUUAAUUGUUCGUCAAGUGAUAUCUCAUACAAGACAGUGUGUUUUGUGACCUGUGAUGAGGGCUAUGAACUGGAAGGAAACUCCCAACUCACCUGUCAAGGAAACUCUCAGUGGGAUGGAAAGGAGCCAGCGUGUGUGGAGGUGCAUUGCCCCAUCUUCCAGAAACCUGAGAGUGUGACAGUACAUCCAUCAAGUUGUGGACAGGAACCAUCAAAAUCUGGAACAGUGUGCCAGUUGAGCUGCCCCCGGGGAUUCACCUUGUCUGGGGUUAGAGAAGAACUGAGAUGCAUUCCUUCUGGGAGAUGGAGUGAAAAUGUCCAAAAGGCUCUAUGUAAAGAUUUUGAAGCUCCUCAAAUCAGCUGUCCAGACAAUAUUGAGGCCAGGACUCUGGAACAUCAUAACUCUGCUAAUAUUAGCUGGCAGGUUCCAAUAGCAAAGGAUAACUCUGGAGAUGAGGUCUCAAUUCACGUUACUCCAGCUUUUGUACCACCUUCUCUUUUCCCCAUUGGAGAAGUUGUGAUCACUUACAUAGCAGUGGACAAGUCCGACAAUCAGGCAAGCUGCACAUUCAGUGUCAAGGUUAUUGAUGUAGAAUCCCCUGUAAUCGAUAGAUGCAGAUCUCCACCUCCAAUUCAGGUAUUGGAGAACGAGUACAGAGCAACAUGGGAGGAGCCUCAGUUCUCGGACAACUCAGGAGCGGCCCUGACUAUCACUAAAAGUCAUUCACCUGGAGAUCUCUUCCUCAAAGGAGAGACAACAGUUCAAUACACUGCCACAGACCCCUCAGGAAAUAACAGGACUUGUGAGAUCCACAUUGUCAUCAAAGGUUCUCCCUGUGAAAUUUCCUUUACCCCAGUGCAUGGGGAUUUUAUAUGCAUAGAAGACGAAGCAAUUGUUAACUGCACAUUACGCUGCAUGGAUGGUUAUAACUUUCCAGCAGGGUCAACUGAAAACUACUAUUGUGCCUAUGAGGAUGGUAUCUGGAAACCACCAUAUUCUACUGAAUGGCCUGACUGCUCUUUAAAUCGUUUUGCAAAUCAUGGGUUCAAGUCUUUUGAGAUGCUCUACAGAGCAACGCGAUGUGAUGACAGCAACCUUCUAAAAAGCUUUGCUGAGGCUUUUCAGAGUGCGCUUGGUAAAAUGGUCCCAUCGUUCUGUAAUGAUGUCGAUGACAUUGACUGCAGAUUGGAGGAUUUGCCACAGAAACAUUGCCUAGAAUAUAAUUAUGACUAUGAAAAUGGAUUUGCAAUUGGACCCGGUGGCUGGGGCGCAGCAAACCGUCUGGAUUAUUCCUACGAUGACUUCCUUGACAUCGUGCAGGAGGAACAGCUACAAACGCCUCUCUCUGGCGCUGUGAAAACAGCGCCCUCCCGGGUCAAGAGACACAAAAAACUCAACAUUCCAAUGACCGAUCACAAAAUUAAGUUAAUAUUUAAUAUCACUGCUAGUGUGCCGUUGCCCGAUGAAAGGAAUGAUAGUGUGGAAUCAGAAAACCAGCAGCGGCUUCUUAAAACUCUAGAGACUAUCACAAACAGGCUGAAAAGGACACUCAAAAAGGAACCCAUGUAUUCUUUUCAGUUUGCCUCAGAACUGGUUGUAGCUGACAGCAACUCACUGGUAACUGAGAAAGCCUUUCUGUUCUGCAGACCAGGUUCAGUUCUGAGAGGGCGAAUGUGCGUUAACUGCCCUUUGGGUACCUAUUAUUCUCUGGAGCACCGCACUUGUGAAAGCUGCUGGACUGGAUCCUAUCAAGAUGAGGAAGGGCAGCUGGAAUGCAAAAGUUGCCCAUCCGGUAGCUAUACCGAAUACCUCCACUCCAGGAGUAUCUCUGAAUGUAAAGCUCAGUGCAAGCAGGGAACGUACUCACCUAAUGGUCUUGAAACCUGUGAGUCAUGUCCUCUUGGCACAUAUCAACCUGUAUUUGGAUCUAAGAACUGCAUUGCCUGUCCAGAAAACAUGUCAACAGUGAAAAGAGGAGCUGUGGAUAUCUCAGCAUGUGGAGUACCUUGUCCAGCAGGGGAAUUCUCUCGCUCUGGUUUAAUGCCUUGCUACCCCUGCCCCCGGGACUACUAUCAACCAGACCCAGGAAAGUCCUAUUGCUUAUCUUGUCCCUUUUAUGGGACAACUACGAUCAUUGGUGCCAGAUCCAUCACAGACUGUUCAAGUUUUGGCUCUACUUUCACAGCGGCCGAGGAGAGUGUAAUGGUACCAGUCUCUCCAGAAAAUAUCAGCAAGCAGUACAAAGUCAGCAGUCAGGUUUUUCAUGAGUGUUUCCUGGAACCAUGCCAUAAUAAUGGCACAUGCAAACAACUUGGAAGUGGGUACAUUUGCAUGUGCCCACCUGGAUACACAGGCUUAAAGUGUGAAAAGGAGAUUGAUGAGUGCAAGUCAACCCCUUGCCUCAAUAAUGGAGUUUGCAAAGAUGGCAUUGGGGUGUUCAUUUGCCAGUGCCAACCAGGCUAUACAGGUUUACUGUGUGAGGAGGAUAUAAAUGAAUGCAGGUCCAACCCGUGUGUGAACGGAGCACUUUGUGUUGAUGACAUCAAUGCUUAUCACUGCACAUGUGCAGAAGGAUUCACAGGCACUCGCUGUGAAACGGAGGUGAAUGAAUGCCUUUCAAACCCAUGUCAAAACAAGGGCAUUUGUGAGGAUCGGAUCAGGAGUUUCCACUGCAAGUGCCUUCCUGGGUUUACUGGCGUCUUGUGUGAAAAAAACAUUGACGAGUGUCUCAGCAGACCCUGUAAGAAUGGGGCCACAUGCAAAGAUGGUAUCAACAACUUCAGGUGUCAAUGUGUGACAGGGUACACAGGCCUGCACUGUGAAGUGAACAUCAAUGAGUGUGGAUCCAAUCCCUGUUUAAACCAAGCUACCUGUGUGGAUGCCUUGAACUCGUACAUUUGUAAAUGUCCCCCUGGCUUUACAGGCAGCAGGUGUGAAACAGAACAGUCCUCUGGUUUUAACCUGGAUUUUGAAGUGUCUGGUAUCUAUAGCUAUGUCAUGCUUGACAAUAUUCUCCCAUCACUUGGUGAUAUCACCUGUGCAUUCUGGAUGAGAUCAACUGACACUACUAAUUAUGGGACUCCAAUUUCUUAUGCAGUGGAGAAUGGAAGUGACAAUGCAUUUCUGCUAACAGAUUACAAUGGCUGGGUUCUUUAUGUGAAUGGGAAAGAGAGGAUCACAGAUUGUCCCUCUGUGAAUGACGGCAACUGGCAUCACAUUGCAGUCACCUGGACGUGCAUGAAUGGAGCCUGGAAUGUGUAUAUUGACGGGAAGUUGUCUGAUGGAGGCAGAGGUCUAUCUGUAGGAUCAAAAAUCCCUGGUGGUGGCGCACUAAUACUUGGACAAGAGCAAGACCAGAGAGGAGAAGGAUUCAAUCCAGCAGAAUCUUUUGUGGGCUCUCUUAGCCAGCUCAACAUCUGGGACCAUGUCCUAUCCCCACAGGAGGUAAAAUCCCUGGCUACUUCCUGUCCAGAAGAACUGCAAAAAGGAAAUGUAUUGGCCUGGCCGGAUUUCCUGCCUGGGGUUGUUGGAAGAGUGAAGAUAGAUUACAGGAGCAUGUUUUGUGCUGAUUGCCAAUCCUUAGAAGGAUCCAUACCUCAUCUGCGGGCCUCAUCGACUGAUUUAAAGCCAGGGUCAAAAGUGAGCCUUUCCUGUGAUCCAGGCUUCCAAAUAGUGGGGAACUCUGUCCAGCACUGUCUAAAUUUGGGACAAUGGACUCGACCUCUUCCCCGCUGUGAAAGAAUCAGCUGUGGAGUGCCUCCACCUUUAGAAAAUGGAUUUUAUUCUGCUGAGGACUUCUUUGCGGGUAGCACAGUUACCUACCGGUGCAAUAAUGGCUAUUAUUUGUUGGGGGAUUCAAGGAUGUUCUGCACUGACAAUGGAAGCUGGAAUGGCAUCUCGCCGUCUUGCCUUGAUGUCGAUGAAUGUGCUGUUGGAUCAGAUUGCGAUGAGCAUGCUUCUUGCCUUAAUACAAAUGGGUCCUACGUAUGUACUUGCAUCCCUCCUCAUACAGGCGAUGGCAAAAAAUGUGCAGAACCAGUAAAAUGCAAGAAUCCGGGAAAUCCAGAACAUGGUCAUUCUUAUGGUGACAAUUACACUGUUGGUAGUGAAGUUACUUUCUCCUGCGAAGAGGGUUUCCAGUUGAUAGGAGCAACUAGAGUCACUUGUUUGCAGUCUGGAGGAUGGAGCCACCUGAUACCAUAUUGUGAAGCUGUAUCCUGUGGUAGUCCAGUUAUUCCAGAAAAUGGUGCCAUUGAGGGCUCAAAUUUUACUUAUGGCAAGAAGGUGCUGUACAGAUGUAACAAAGGAUACAAUCUGAUGGGUGAAAAGGAAACAUCAUGCCUUGCUAGUGGUGCUUGGAAUCAUGCUCCUCCUGCCUGUGAAAUAGUAACAUGUCCGAGCCCACAGGACAUAAACAAUGGAAAAUACACACUGAGUGGCAUGACAUACCUUUCUACUGCAUCAUAUACGUGUAACAGUGGAUACAGCCUACAGGGUCCCCCAGUACUUGUGUGUGAAGCUUCAGCUAACUGGAACAGCAUACCACCAGUCUGCAAAAUUGUCUCUUGUGGAUCCCCUCCUGCCAUCAAAGAUGCUGUGAUCAGUGGGAAUAACUUUACUUUUGGCAACACAGUCACUUAUAUGUGUAAGGAAGGCUACACAUUAAUUGGCCCUGACACCGUAGAAUGCUCAGCCAGUGGUGAGUGGAGCAUGAGUCACCAGCAGUGCCUGGCGGUUUCCUGUGAUGAACCUCCCCAUGUGGAACAUGCUUCCCCAGAGAGCGCCCAUCGGUUGUUUGGCGAUAUAGCUUAUUACUACUGCUCAGAUGGCUACAGCCUGGAGGACAAUUCCAAGCUGUUUUGCAAUGCUCAAGGGAAGUGGGUGCCUCCUGCUGGCAUGAAGAUGCCCCACUGCAUCGCUGAUUUUUGUGAGAGGCCGCCCACAGUGUCGUACGCCAUCCUGGAAUCAGUUAAUAAAGUAAAGUUUCCUGCUGGUUCAGCCGUGAGCUUCAAGUGUAUGGAAGGUUUUGUCCUAAACACGUCUGCUAAGAUUGAGUGCAACAGAGGUGGUCAGUGGACUCCUUCUCCUUUGACUAUCCAAUGCAUCCCGGUUCGCUGUGGGGAACCACCGAGUAUUAGAAAUGGCUAUGCGAGUGGAGCCAACUACAGUUUUGGAGCAGUGGUGGCUUACAGCUGCAACAAAGGGUUCUAUAUCAAAGGAGAAAAGAAAAGGACAUGUGAGGCCACAGGAGACUGGAGCGGUAACCUACCUACCUGCCAUCCGGUGUCUUGUGGAGAACCACCCAAGCUUGAAAACGGAGUCAUUGAGAGCACAACUGGCCGUUUCUUUGAGAAUGAAGUGUACUACCAAUGUAAUGCUGGCUACAAGCUAGUUGGAAGUUCAGUAUCAGUCUGCCAAGCAAAUCGUCAGUGGCAUAGUGAAUCGCCACCUUCUUGUGUUCCUCUCAGUUGUGGCAAACCACCUCCUAUCCAGCACGGAUAUGCAAAGGGAGAAAGCUUUGAUGUGGGAUCCAAGAUUGAGUUUUUCUGCGAUGAGGGCUAUGAGCUGAUGGGAGAUGCCUCUUGGACAUGCCAGAAGUCUGGGAAGUGGAGCAAAAAGCAAAGCCAAAAGUGUGUGCCAACAAAGUGCCCAGAACCACCACUGAUUGAAAAUCAGCUCGUCUUGAAAGAGAUGGUUCACCAAGUAGGUGUUGUACAGUUUUCCUGCAAAGAGGGCUAUGUCUUGCAUGGUUCCUCGGUGCUGAAAUGUUUGCCGUCACAACAGUGGAAUGAUUCCUUUCCAGUCUGCAAGGUUGUACUGUGCCAUGGGCCUCCAUACAUUCCCUUUGGUGACCCUGUGGCAUCAUCUCUUCAUUUUGGUAGCACCGUGACGUACACCUGCAUGGAUGGGUUUUUACUGAAGGGAGAAUCUACAAUUGGAUGCCAAGCUGAUGGCUCCUGGAGCUUUCCAUUGCCAGAAUGUAUUCCAGUAGAAUGCCCCCAGCCUGAAGAAAUUCAGAAUGGCAUUGUAGAUGUGCAGGGUCUUACUUACCUCAGCACAGCACUGUACACUUGUAAACCGGGCUUUGAAUUACUGGGGAACACAACUAUUCUCUGUGGAGAAGAUGGUCAUUGGCUCGGUGGAAAGCCAGCUUGCAAGCCUGUUGAAUGCCCAGAACCUAAGGAGAUUCAGAAUGGCAAAUAUUCAUACACAAACUUUCAUUAUGGGCAGACUGUUACGUAUUCAUGUGACAGAGGAUUCCAGCUCAAAGGGCUGAAUGUACUGAGCUGCUUAGAGACAGGAGAGUGGGACGCAGAUGUUCCAUCUUGCAAAGCCAUAAACUGUGACCCCCCUCGGCCCAUCGAGAAUGGUUUUGUGGAAGGUGCAGAUUACAGCUAUGGGGCUAUGAUCAUCUAUAGCUGCUUUCCAGGUUUCCAGCUGGCUGGUCUUGCCAUGCAGACUUGUGAAGAGUUGGGAUGGUCUAGCUUUACUCCGGCAUGCCUACCAACAGACUGUGGCCUGCCUCCCCAUAUUGACUUCGGGGAAUAUGUGCAGGUUAGAAGUGAAGAAGGACAUUUUGACCAAGAAAGAAUACAUCUUACUGAGAGCCCUCCUCUUUCUGACACGUUAGUUGCUAGUAGCUGGAAAGAUAUAAAAAGUCCUUUGAAGGAAACUAAUGCAGUACAGUUGACAAACUUUUUAUAUGGAACCAUAGUUAUGUACACGUGCUACGCUGGUUAUGAGCUAUUAGGAAACCCCAUACUAGCUUGCCAAGAGGAUGGGACGUGGAAUGGCAGUGCCCCUGUCUGCAUAUCAAUAGAGUGUGACUUACUCUCACCCCUAGAGAAUGGCUUUUUACAUUUUACCGAGAAUACACUUGGUAGCGUAGUGCAAUAUGCCUGUAAAACAGGGUAUAAGCUAGUUGGUUCUGACACAAGGCUGUGUUUGCCUAACCGACAGUGGAGUAAUGCUGCUCCAUAUUGCCAGGUGGUAUCCUGUACCACACCUAACAAACUCAUGAAUGGAAACAUAAAGGGAGAAAACUACACUUACAGGAGUGUGGUCCAUUAUGAAUGUGAUCCUGGGUACCAGUUAAAUGGCUCAGAUAAGAGGACAUGCCAGGAUAACCAAAAAUGGGAUGGGAAUGAGCCUAUUUGCAUCCCCGUUUCUUGUGGCCAACCACCAGUUUUAGAAAAUGGCCACGUGACUGGAGACGAAUACACAUUCCAGAAACACAUGGACUACAGCUGUAAUGAAGGUUUCCAGCUGCAUGGGGACAGGAGUAGAGUCUGCCUUGCAAAUGGAAGCUGGAGUGGAAUCACUCCAGUUUGUAAAUCUGUCAGGUGCGCAGUACCACUACCUCUUCCCAAUGGAGAAAUUAUUGGAUCCGAAUAUGGCGUUGGGAAGGAAGUUCAGUAUCGCUGCAGUGAAGGCUACAUAUUGCAUGGAGCAUCCAUACUUACCUGUCAAGCUGAUGGCACCUGGGAUACAGAGGCUCCGUACUGUGAGCCAGUCAAUUGCGGACCCCCAGAAGACAUCUCUCAUGGCUUCCUGAAUAGUUCAGGCUUCAGUUAUGGGGAAUACACACAGUAUGUGUGCUUUCCCGGUUAUGAGUUACGUGGAAAUCCACUGCGGCAGUGUUUGUCCAACGGCUCAUGGGGGGGAAGCCUCCCCUCUUGCCUCUUCUGUGAAUGCCCCACGCCACUGAUUCAGAACGGGGUUGUUAUCGGGCAAGAUUUCCGCUGCGGGAAAAGUGCACGAUUUCAGUGCCUGGAGGGCUUUAAACUGCUAGGGCCUUCUGAACUCUCCUGUGAGGCAGCCGGCAAAUGGAGUUCUGCUUUUCCACACUGCAGGCGGAUUUCAUGUGGCUCCCCACCAACAAUCCCCAGUGCCUUUAUCAGUGGAAGCAGCUCUGUGGAUGAGAACACUGUAAUAUAUAACUGCAGAACUGGCUUUGUCAUACAAGGGAGGCCAGAGCUGACUUGUACAGAUACGGGCGUUUGGAGUGAGCCGUAUCCACGCUGCGAGCUGAUGUCCUGUGGACCCCCACCUUCCGUUCCUAAUGCAGUGGCUGUCGGAGAGGCCCACACCUAUGGAAGCAGAGUCCAGUACAGAUGUCUGGAGGGCUACGUGAUGGAAACAGAAAUGGAUACAUGCACUUGUCAGGAAGACGGACACUGGUCUCCUAAGAGCAUUUCCUGUUGCCUCAGAAAAUGUCCCGUGCCCACAAAUCUAACCAAUGUAAUUAUUUCUGGUGAUGAGUUUACUGUGAAUAAGAGCAUCACUUUAUCAUGCUCAGAAGGCUACACUUUGUCAGGAGCAAGCACAUCUACAUGCCAGCACAAUGGCAGCUGGGUGCCAUCAUUUUCUGAUGAUAUCUGUGUUCCUGUCUCUUGUGGGAAACCAGAAACCCCAGAACAUGGAACUGUGCUUGGUGCUAGUUACAGCUACAAGGAUGCGGUUCUUUAUCAAUGCAAUGCUGGCUAUGAAUUACAAGGUGAUGCAGAACAUAUCUGCCAAGGAAACAAACUAUGGAGUGGAGCAGCACCAGUGUGCAGAAAGACCAAAUGCGAAGCUCUGGUUUCCUUGGCGAAUGGGAAGGCACUGUAUGAGAAUAAUACAGUUGGCAGCAGAGCAGCAUAUUACUGUGACAGAGGAUACAGCUUGGAAGGGGAGCCCAUAGCAGAAUGCACGGGAACUGGAAGCUGGAGUCACCCAAUCCCGCUGUGCAAACCAAAUCCUUGUCCUGUGCCUUUCAUAAUCCCAGAGAAUGCUCGCCUGUCUGAGACAGAAUUUUAUGUCGGCCAGAAAGUAUCGAUCAAGUGCAGGGAGGGCUAUGAACUUAAAGGGCACGCUGCAAUGACCUGUAACCCUGACGAGACUUGGACACCAGCGAGAGCUAAAUGUGAAAAGAUUUCUUGUGGGCCCCCUGCUCACAUUGAAAACGCCUUGGCCCGUGGUACCUUUUAUCAGUAUGGAGACAUGAUCACCUACUCGUGCUACAGCGGGUUCAUGCUGGAGGGGUCCCUGAGAACUGUGUGUUUAGAAAAUGGAACCUGGACAAAACCGCCUGCCUGCAAAGCCAUUUGUCGAUUCCCGUGUCAGAACGGCGGAGUCUGUGAGCGACCAAACGCAUGCUCCUGUCCAGAAGGCUGGAUGGGCCGUCUCUGCGAAGAGCCAAUAUGCAUCCUGCCUUGUCUGAACGGAGGUCGCUGUGUGGCCCCCUACCAAUGUGAUUGCCCAGCUGGGUGGACUGGAUCGCGCUGUCAUACGGCUGUGUGCCAGUCUCCCUGCUUAAAUGGUGGGAAAUGUAUACGACCAAAUCGGUGCCAUUGCCCCUCAUCAUGGACUGGACAUGACUGCACGAGGAAAAGGAAGGCUGGAUUCUAUCCCUUUUAACAGCAGAGGAACUGUUUUAUACUAAGAAAAUAUUUCUUCAGCAUAGCCACUGGGGCUUGAAACCUAAUGCAUUGUAAAUCAAAUCCAGUGCUUUUUUCCCCCCUUGAAAAUGUUUUUGCUUUGUGAUAUAUUUUUCCUAUACUUUUCCAUUUUUAAAGAAACCAUCUGUAUUUUUCAUAUACAAAAAUAUAACAAAUAUAUGCUGCUACACACACACAAAUGUACAAAUUCUGCUGUCCAGCAAGGAAAUAGCUUGUGUACAUUUUGGUCCUUGCCAUUCCUUGAAUACAACUGGUUAAUUAAAAUACAUUUUACUGCCAACCAAGAGUAAACAGGAUGUUGCAAUUCUGGGUACUAGUUGCCAAAGCCUUACUGUAAUUCAGCAGUUAGACAGUAGACCGUAGUUACUGUAGGCUAAACUGAGCUGUGAAACAUUCCAUGAUACUUUGAACCUGAUCUCACUUACAGCUAUGAGAAUUAAGUCAAUCUCAACCUCCUGGCACUCUGCUACAAUGGAGUUAUACCAGUGUCAGGCUGGUGAAAGAGGAGAAUCAAUCAAUAUAAUUUUUGCCAUAAGGAAUUAAUUUUCUUUUUAAAUGUUUUAAUGAGAGGGUGUUUGUGUUAAGUUUACCAUAGAUUUACUGGUGAAAUAGUCACAAGUUUAGACUAGGUGGGAGAAUGUUGUGUAGCUCAAAAUGAAAUAGCCAGACAACUCCAGUAGCCAUAUCCAUGGAAACAGGUGAAAUUGACAGGUGAUAUUUGUAGUGUGCAGAACCAUCAGUGAACCAAAAAAAUAGUCUCUCUCACACACAUACACAUACACACACACACACAUACACCUUGCCAACUAAGAACUAUAAAGUGCACAAUCCACAUAGGAGUGAGCUAUUCCAAGUCAUACGUAAAGUCUGUCGCGCAGACACCCCUAUUGCUGAACAUAUUAGCGUCAUAAGAAACAUGCACCUGAGUGCCCUUGUUAAAAAUGCCCCUCACUAGGGAUCCAAAACACUGAUACUCUCCUAUUGCUAAGUAAAAGCAGAGGGUGAAAGGAAUGUUUGGGGAGUGGAGUGUGUUUGGUAUUAGCAUUAGAGAGUGAACGUCUGAUGUAUGAAAGGAGUUACUGUACAAGAAUUUGGCUUAGAAACCUUACCUGACACGCCUUUCUACAAACACUCUGCUCGCUAGGUUCAAAAUGCUCACGUAAUAAAGCAAAAUUAGUAUCAACAUUAGGAAAGAAGAGGAAGGAAAUAAUUUAUCUCAUGGAGCUUUAUUUACUCUUAAACCACUCUGUGUGCACACUCUGGUUCCCCACCCGUCCCUUUUAUAGUUAGGUAUCCCUUAUGAACGCGUCCAGGGAAAUGUAGUCAAAAACAAAGAGGAGUUAAUUAUGUACGUGCAACUGCUGUGGGCACCAGUGAAAGGAAAACAUCUGAUUGUUGUGGUGCCAACUAUAGAGGCAGAGAAAAAUGACAAGUGGAUCCUGUAAUGGUAGCAACUGCCAAUUUAAAAAAAAAAGGUGGAUUGGAGAAGAAAAGGAGGGAAUUUUGUAAAAUGGAUUCUUCUUUUCCUAUCUCAGUUCUAAUGCAAAUUAAAUUCCAGCCUUCAACCUGCAACCACAGCAACCAAUUGAUAGAUUGCCAUUCAGAUUAUAGCAUGCUAUAAUUGAACAAAAGCAAUUAGAAGAGUUAAGGAGCUUCUCCUCCUAUCAAGCGGAGAUAGUACAGGGCAACUAUACUGUGGCAUCCAACUCUACUACAGUGGGUUUCCUUUACAAUUUUGAUUUAAUCAUUACUGCUAAAAUAUCAGAAUAUGAUAACGUGCUACACUAUAGUUCCCCCCAAAGAAAUAAUCAUAUAGCAACUUAGGUCUUGGAGAGGUUUGCACCAAAUAGUUGCACGCAUGCUCUCAAUAAAUACUGUCUUUGGGAAUGAAUCACCACCAUUUAUCAAUACGCAUUUCAUUUGCCUUUCUCUUUGCUAUCACCGAAACUUCGUUUUCCGUUUUUAUUUUGUUUAAAAUGUCCUGGGAAUUUAGCAGUGUUUAUUACAAACGUUUAAAAACUGAUAAACAUCAGUGCAACAAAUUAACUUCACAAUUGUGUGGGUAAAUAUGGAGGGAUGGGGGGAUAGAAAACAAGCAACAAAUAGAGAAAAGUAAAAGCAGUUUAAUGCUGUGGUUAAUUUCAUGAACUGUACUUUAAUAAGCACACAUCUGCACGCGAGUGUAUCUUCCACUACAUUACCUUAUUUUAACAGGCAGCGUAACAUUACACUUAGACAAACAUAGUAUAAACAUAAACACAGCUACCUAAUGUCAUGUAUUGGGUUUCUUGAGAGUCCAAAAUUUGGGUGAAAAUCAGUAAAAACUGAAAAAUGGCUUUUUUAAAACCCAAGAAUCUUUCAGUAAAAAUCACGUAAAACUGAAAACAAAGGGCCUUAGCUGUCCCACCCAGAGUGUUACUGGAGGCCUUUUGUUCCAUAUGACCUGUUUGCAGUACACCGCCCAGAAACUACAGGAGAUGGAGUGGGUAGAUGGAGAAAACUGAGCUAUCUUUUUAUAUACACACACAUUUAUAUAUAUAUUGUUCUUGUCUCUUUACAAAAACCAAACCGUAUCUUUUCUACUGUGUCUGUAUAGUGUGUGCCCUUUCUCUCCUUGUGAUGCCCUGAUUCUGUCUCGCCCUGAUGCUCUCUUUGGAGUAGAACAGUGUUGUGUAUGGAGGCACUUUGUGUUGUUAGGAGACUGCUUAAGAGGAGCCACAUGGCCUGCCUCUAGCACUGGACGUUCACAUGGAUGAACAGUUAGACAGGACUCAAAGACCAGUCUGGAAAAACCAUGUCAUUAGCAGAGCUGCUGGCAAGGCACAAAGGCUGUUCUAGUUAAUGAUAUUUUGCUCUUUACAAUAAUAUAGUCUCAGAGGAACAAUCUUUUUGCAAAUACUGUAUUGUCAUUUAUGUCACUGCUUGUUGUGUGUAUUAAAUGACUUCUGUCUGAUGCACUUUACACUGUAAAUAAAGUUGCACCCUAUUUAGUACCUGUAAAUACAACUUUGCGCUCUUUCAUUAGUGCCUAACAACAGCUUCCUGUGUCUCCUCCCAGCUCUCCAUGGCCUGAUGUAGGCGUUGGGGUUGUUAAGAGAAGUGGAUCUCCACUCAAGUGCAAUGAUUGAAUCAUUAAUAAUCAUUCUGAAAGACUAAUCCAGGACAUCCAAACUUCAUUCUUUAGCUGAAGGUGCAAUUAGCAGUGUUUUUAAAAUCCUCUCCUCUGGUUGGAGAUGUAUGAAAAGCGAAUGGGCCAAACUCAGGCUUGGUGUAAGCAAGUGCAACUCUAUUAAAGUCAACAUGUGCUCUUUG